AUGAAUUUAAAAAUGGACAAUAUGUCAGAAGAACAGUUAAUGUAGGAAUAUGCAAAGCUACCUUUUGAAUAUUUCGCAGAUGAAAGAUGGGAAUAUUAUAUUAAAGUACAUCCUAAUAUGAGUUAAAGCGUAAUAGCGAUUUGUUUAGUAUAUGAUUGGCUGAAUUUGUCUUCUUAUAAGAGAGAUGCUUAUGAAAUUUCAAGGAGGUCGAAAUAGAAUGAAAUCUUGAAUAAGAUUCUAUUGAAAAAAAAGUAAAGCGCUCUUAAAAAAUUGGGCGUAUAAUUUCAAAUUAACUAUUGUUGUUCUUAGUAGAUAUUCAAAUCUAGAGCAGAUAAAUUGAAAAAGAAUUUAGAAGAGCUGUUUCCUUAAAUAAAUUGUAAUAAUUAUGCGAUUGGUGGUAAAUCUGAAGAAAUCGCGGUGUAUGCAAUUUAAGAUAAGAAACCAUACUUGAUUUGGCAUAGUCAUGUAGAUGAACCUGAAGAUAUCACAUUAUUACUUG